AUGACUAGCGAUGAUACUGGGACCGCAAGUCUCCCGUGUCUUCGAGAUCUCACAAUUACCCAAGCAGGCGAAGGGCUGCGAACGGGAAAGUUCACUUCCGUUGACCUUGUCAGGGCAUAUCUCAAAAGAAUUGAGGAGACAAAGCAUCUCACGAUCGUCAUGCAUAUGGAUGGAGAUGCCUUGGAGGUGGCCCAGAUGCUGGACAAAGAACGGGCCGAGAAGGGAAGCAGAAGUCCUCUCCAUGGAAUUCCUAUUCUCGUCAAAGAUGAGUUUUUACCGUUUGGGUGGCAGAAAUUUGCACCCAAAGCCUCCUCUCUGCCGCUGGAAUUAAGGAAGAAAAGGGACCCUAUGGAGUUUAAUAGACUUCGGGAAGCUGGAAUGAUAAUAUUGGGUAGGACGAAUCUAGAUGAUGAUGCGGGGUAUCGGAUUGAGUAUCCCGAAUUCAGCCUUCGUGAUUACAUCAAUUAUUCACGUUUCCCCAUUCCCAGCGGUCCCGGCACUUUACCUGGAAGUGCCAAAGCUUCAGCCGUGGCAACUGCCAUAGGUUUAUCUGUGGCCUCACUUGGAACUGCGGAAUCUGGGGUCAUUGCGAAUGCCGCUGAUUUCAACCUUGUUGGUUUUAAACCCACAACACGGUCUAUGAUGAAGUCUGGGUAUUUUCGGUUUUCGCCACAAGGAACGCCUACUAUAGGGAUCCUUGCGAAAACUGUCAAAGAUACUGUUGAUAUUUUGGCCGGUAUAUAUGGACAAUACGAGGACAACGAGUGGCGUCGGGGCAUUCCAUCGGACCAGGCACCCGAAUGGGCCGAAAUUUAUGAAAGCUUGGAUCUCAGCGAAUUUACUAUUGGUAUUCCGCGUGAUAGCUUUGAUUCGGACCCAUACCCUCAAGUUAUGGAUUCAUUCGAGGCUGCUCUGAAGACUCUGGCCUCGACUGGGGCAACAAUCGAGGAAAAUGCCAACUUCCACGGGGGCAAGGAGCUCAAAAGGCUCAAGGCGCAAAUUAACAGCCUCGUUCAAUUGUCAGAGUUUAAAGAAGACGCGUUCAGAUGUUUAACAAGAUGGGGGAAUGACUCUAAUAAUCCUGAAAAUGCGCAAAGAGUUUAUAACCUUGCCAGAAGAUGCCCAAACGAGGAGCCCACAGAGAGAGAACUUAAUAAGAUGUUAUGGACUCGCACAACCCGUAUUGCUGCAAAUAACGAGGAAUACACAAAGAUACUCGAAAAAGCUCUCAUCAUCAGCAAGCAUCAAGGCAUUCGGGCAACGAUGAAAAAACACCGUCUCGACAUGUUCGUUAUUCCAUCAUCUGAUGAGGGCAUUACACUCGAGCUUGCUGCGCAAGAGAAUGGUCCUGUGAUGUCUGUACCCCUGGGAUACUUCCCAGACGGCUUCCAGGGUAGAUAUACCGACGAAAUAACCCCCGAAAGACCGUAA